AAAAAGGCGCACUUCACUUUUGGCACAACUUCUGCAUUACACUAACUUUUUAAAGAGGUGAGAUCUCUCUACCUGCGUUUUUAUCAUCCGCACAGCAUCUAAAAAUAUUAUUUUCAGUUUUGGAAAGCAGUAAUUGAAAUGAUACCUGUUUGAAGUGUCUCUGAAGGGAACGUGAGCGCGAGCUUUUACGCACGGUCCUAAAGAACAGUAACAAUGCGGUGAAGAUGGAAGAAAGGGCAAAGUUGCACCUAAAAGAGUGGCUGAUUGCGCAGAUAGAGAGCGGACAGUACGAGGGUCUGUGCUGGGAGGAUGAGCACAAAACCAUGUUCAGGAUCCCGUGGAAACACGCAGCCAAAAAGGACUACAAACAGACGGAGGAUGCGGCUCUCUUUAAGGCCUGGGCCGUGUACAAGGGGAAGUACAGAGAGGGCAGAGACAGAGCCGACCCGACCAUGUGGAAAACCCGGCUCCGCUGUGCCCUCAACAAAAGCACGGACUUUGACGAGGUCCCUGACCGCAACCAGCUGGACAUCACGGAACCUUAUAAAGUCUACAGGAUCCAAGAAGAGACGGGAUCAGAACCAAAAGAUCCGGUGAAGAUGGUGAACCCAAAACGUGUCGCCAUGUUGGACCCACAGGAAACAAAACAUCCGAAGCUUGAACUCGAAAACAUCAGUCAGGAUUUUUCCACGAACAUGCUUCACCAUCAGAGAGAAUCGAUCCAGAAGUUGCCCAAACAGAGACCUUUAAAGACAGAUGAUCCAAUGAGGGAGCAUAUGUACUGUGAGGUCAAAGAGAACAACACAUCCUCCAACCCGCCCCAUCCCCCUGUGCUGUUCCUCAACUCCGCAGGUGUAUCAGAUUUCCGGAUGCAGGUGACGUUGCUGUACCAGGGCGUGAAGGUGAUGCAGGUGACCACCGAGAGUCCGGACGGCUGUUUUAUUUUACAGGGCCGCGUCCCGUUGGGGAAUGAACAGAUCUACGGCACGUGCACCGCCGAGCAGCUGCCCUUCCCCUCGCCCACCCUCCUGCCGCUGCCCGUGGGCAUGGCCGAGACCAUGGCGCGCCUCCUGUGCCACCUGGAGAGGGGCGUCCUGGUGUGGGUGGCGCCGGAGGGAGUCUUCAUCAAGCGGUUCUGCCAGGGCCGGGUUUACUGGAACGGGCCCCAGGCUCCACACACCGACCUACCCAACAAACUGGACCGGGACAAGACGUUCAAACUGCUGGACGUCCCUGUGUUUCUCAGUCAGCUCCAGAGGUGUGUCCAGGGGAAGGGCCCGGCUCCUCUGUACAAGAUCGAGCUGUGUUUUGGUGAAGAGUAUCCAGACCCCAGUGUCCCCAAGAUGAAGAAGCUCAUCAUGGCAGAGGUGGUGCCGGUGUUUGCGGAGAAGCUGCUCAGUCAGUUUCAGGAGGAGGAGGAGGAAGCUGAGGAGAGAGCGACAGAGGACAAGCCCGACCCCAGCGCUACAUCCGGGUAGGAGGGAAACGAGGCGUCAUUCCUCCCGACGGAACGAGGGAAAAAAAGCGAAUGAUUGUGUAGCAAGAGCUGAAAAUAGUUGAUUUGCUGAGAAGUAAAUUAUUAUGUUGUGUGGAGGUUAUGCGGAUGACAUCACAGCCUUUGGAGCGUUAGAGUUUAAGUGUAGUUAGCCCAGGGGUGUCCAAACUACGGUCCAGGGGCCAAAUGCGGUCCUCAGAUCUUUUUUUUUGGCCCUCAGACCUUCUCCUAAACUGGCCCAAUUGAUCAUACAGACAUUUUUUUCAGCAAUUUAAGUAUUUCUACCACUAUAACCUCAAUAAUAUCACAUUUCGUUGUGAUCUAAAAUUAACGACCCAAGCUUUAUUAAAUAGUACGGCGGCAAAACUAUAUCAAAAAUCAAAGUAUUGACCAGCGUUUUGUGGCCCUCCGCUUCGAAUAUGUUUCAAGAUGCGACUCUCAGUAAAAAAAAAAGGUUGGACAGCCAUGAUUUAGCCCCUGUAGCGAUUUAUAAAAGCUAAUGUCUUGCGUUUGUUUUUUUUUUUGUGUUUAUUUGGAGUCUCAUUUUGAAUAUUUGUAGUUUUAGUAACAUUUAAAGUGCUGUGAAACUGGGCUAAAUCUUUGGGGGAGCUACAGAAGAGCAUUGACCGAUCUAAAGGAGGCUAGCGCCCCCUCAAGCCCCUCGCUGGCGCCGCCCUUGGAUAAAUAUAUACGAGCAUCAACGGUGAAUAGUGAAAUUUCCACCUGUAAAAGCUCAAAACGCAUGCAAAUUAUGAAAGAGUCGCUAGCGUCUGAUCAUAAAUAUGAAUCUCUAAACCUUUGCUAAAUAUAUAGUUUGUACGUAGCAUUUAAAACAAGAAAAUCACGUAAACAGCGGUAGAAAAUGAGCUAACAGCUAGCUAAACAACUGAAGCAUUAAAGACCACGCGCAGAAUCAUCACUCAUAUGAACUAAAAAGCAAAAAACACAUUUAGUUCUGCCUCGUAGCAUUAAAAUAUAUGUAUAAAAUGAUGUCAUCGCAUAACCUUUGACCUCAAACAGCAAUAUUCUUUGUGUUUAACUGUUCGUUCGUUAUCCGUGACUUUCAGUUUCGUGUUAUGGGACUCUUCAUCAUUUAAAAGUUGCAGUUUUUUGUUUGUAAAUUGCUUUCGUGCUGAUUUCCAUCGUUGUGAAGCUCGUGGAUAAACCGCUGUGGUUUGUGGAUUGUAAAAAAGGCAUUUAAACCUACUUAAUGUGAUAAUAUCUGGAGUGUUUUUUAUUUUAGCCGCAGUUUGAGGCCUGUCAUGAUCAUCUCUAUAUCGGUUUAUGUUUCAGUGUUUGACCUCAUGUGUUUUGGGAACUAGUAGGGUACUUUAUGGUAUUUUUUUAUGAUUCAUUAUAGACAUAGACUGUAUAUAUAAAUGGACAUAGCUAACCUGCUAACCGCCGCGUUCCAAAUAGAAAGUGAGCAUGGGCGCGUUUCCCGCUUCAAUUCACUUUACAUUGGAAAAUUGUCGCUGUCAGACUCGUCAUUUUGGUCUUAAAUGUUCGUAUUAACCCUCUACAUGAUCCUGGGGUUUUAAUUUCACUUUUGUGUCUGUAAAUCAAGAUAUGAACAUUAAUAACAGACAAAUCAGGCGCCUUCUUUCCCCGACGUCGCUCCCGCUAGCGUUAGCAACAGAUAUGAUUGACAGCGUUGCUAAGCGAGAAGGAAUGUUACUGUUACGAUCCAGCUCUGCCACGGUUAGGGAGGUAACAAAAAACAAGAUGUUAAAAUGUAAAAAAAAACCCAAAACCUGGUGUAACAGAUAAUGGGUUUAGCGUCUCAAAAGCUAGUCACGUAGGUCUAUUAAAAACAAAAAAUAAGGGGCACGUAACACAAUACCCACAGUAAACACGAGUCACGUAAAACUACAAACAGAACCAAGUGACAACAUAACACACAAAAACAGAACUAAACCAGGUGCCUUUAACAUCUUCGCUCCUGAUUGGCUCUUUGGUUGCUAUGUGGUCCAAAUUCGCUGCUAUAACCGCUCUAGCCUCGAUGAGCUUCAUUUGACGGGAGCUGAACGCUGUGGGUGACGUCAAACUCACUCAGUCACUUCUUCUCUAUAAAUAUAAACUAACUACUUAAACGCUUCAUAGUUUCAGUAUCGUUUAUCGUCUGUAUCGUCUUUGCUGAUGUAUCGCACUUCAGAAUGUCGUAUCGUGACAGGCCUCUCUGUAAUAAUC